AUGAUUCUAUUCAUAAUUGUCGGUUUCCUACCAUAUUUACUUGGUGAGAUUGUGAGAAUUCCUCUCCACCCUUUGAAAAGAUCUGAUUCAUUGGUGGGACUUGGUGCGACUUACUUUAAGCCUUCGACGAGAAAAUGGAAGUAUGAAUGGAAUAAGCAGAAUACAUCUACACCGGAACAAUUGAUUAAUUAUGAAAACCUUCAGUAUUAUGGUGAGAUAUCAGUGGGAACUCCACCUCAAAAGUUACGAGUAUUGUUUGAUACAGGAUCCACUGACACAUGGUUAGCUUCAAGGAAGUGUUGGUUUCUUGAUAUAUUUUGUUGGAUGUUUUCAUUUUACGACAACUCGAAAUCGUCGACAUAUGUAGCAGAUGGUUCCAGUUUUCAUGUCAAAUAUCUGGAUGGUGAGUUCUCUGGAUUUUGGAGUGUGGACACUAUACGAAUAAACUCGUUGGAGAUUCGGAAUCAAGCGUUUGCUGAAGUGAGGAGUAUAUUUAAUCUCGAUUACUUAUCUGAUAAAUAUGAUGGAAUAAUUGGCAUGUCGAGUAGACGGAUAUCGGAAGAUGGAAACCUUCCAAUGUUUCCGAAUAUACUAGCUAAUGGUGUGAAUAUGGACCCAAUAUUUUCAUUUUAUUUAAGUCGGGAAAACGGUGAAGGAAUCGGUGGUGAAUUGGUACUUGGUGGUGUAAAUCCUAAAUAUUUCAAGGGUGAUUUUGAAUAUGUACCUACUAUUCACAAUCAUAUGUGGGCGAUUCAAAUGUUAAGUUUGCAAAUAAAUGGGAUAAACUUUUGCAACAUAUGUUCUGCUGUUAUUGAUACUGGAACAUCUUUAAUUAUUGGACCAAAUGAACAAGUGAAAAGAAUCAAUUCUUUACUUCAUGCUUUUGACAUUUUUGGAAGAAAAUUCAUUGACUGUGGUCGAAUCGAUAUGCUUCCUUCGAUUGAAUUCAUAUUUCAUAGGAAAAAGUACAUUCUGAAACCACAACACUAUGUAGUCAAGGAGACCGAAUUAUUUAAAACAAUUUGUUUGUCACCUUUUCAAUCUCGUCUUUCGUUACCUUCUAACUAUUGGGUUCUUGGUGACGUUUUUAUGGGAAAAUUCUAUACUGUAUUCGAUUUCGGUCAGAGAAGAAUUGGAUUGGCUGAUGCUGUGGGAGCAUAGAGAUGAGCUCAUUGGCGAAAAUGAAUGGUUGUAUGCAAUAAAAAGAGAAAUAAAUAAACAAAUUGUAUCGUGGAAAUAAUUAAGGAGUAUGUGUCAAUAUAUACACAUUGUGAAGUUGGUGUAAGAAAAAAAGGUGUAUGUGUGGACCAGAUGUUUAGUGUUGAAUUUUUUUGUAAGGCGCCACUUAUCAAUUAUCUUGAUAGGACAUUUUUGUUACAAGGAUUAUGAUAAUUUGAGGUAGCAGUUGGGAACCAUUAAUUUUCGAUAGGAGGAUUGCGAUAUCCUACUGAAGUAUAAAUAGUGUAUCGCGGGGCGAUUCUAGUGACAUUACAGAUUAUUCGUAAUUAUUCACAACUAGAGAAGAAAAAAAGGAAACAACGAACAUAGAACAACAAUAAAAAGAAUUAGUGUGAUAGACCUGUCGUUGCGCAUGUGUUGUUGUUG